UGCCCCACUGGUCACAAGUGUAUACAAAACAAUUUAAGUAUGUAGUAGUGCAAUGCUUUUGCAGGGUGAAGUUACAGGAAAUCAGGAAGGUUAGGUUUUAAUCUCCAAGAUUUCUUAGGUCUUUCACUGUGUCAUCAUCUUUACAAGCAGAGGUCUCUAGCUCAUAAAGCAGAUGCAAAGAUGACUGUUGAGUACCGUGCCUCUACAGUUUCAAACAUGGACAUGGAGGACAGUAAAGUUGGCUAUAAGCAAUUUUUUGGAGAAGGCAGCAAGGUCCAGUAUUCAGUUUAUGCAUUGAGAAACAGCCCUUUCAGAGCUGCUACAGUUGGUCUCGGGCUGCUGUGUGUUCUCCUCUUGGCUGGGAUCAUAGGUCAGAGUGUCCACCACCAAAAGGUAGAGCAAGACCAUCAGAACAACCUAACAGCCGAAAAUAACGAGAGACAGAAACUACAAGAGAACUUGAAGACGGUGCAAAGUGAUAAAAAAAGGCUUGAGACCACACGCGAUCAGUUAAAACAAAAAAACGAUUACUUAACUACUAAGAGAGACCAAAUACAGACCAAUAACAAUUUACUGUCUCAAGAAACAACCAAACUUAGACUUAGCCAAAGUGAGUUAAAGAACAGUAACACGGCUUUCAGCAAAGAGCUAGAACAGCUAAAAGUCACUAAAGACCAGUUGCAGACUAGAAGCGAUGCGUUGUCUACAGCUCAAGGCGUGUUACAGAAACAAUAUGAUACAGUGCUCAAUCGCAAAAAUGAGGUACAGACCAGUUAUGACUCAGUGACCAAAGAAAGGGACAAUUUACAGAACAAAGUCAAUAAUGUUACCAGAGCAAGAGAUAAGUUGCAGACGGAUUACAUUGAGUUGGUUAGGAAGGUAGAGCAUUUACAGGACAGAUACAACUUCUCCAACAGUGAGAAAGACAAGCUGGAAGGCCGUCACCAAAACAUGACAUUAUCAAAAGACAUUCUGCAGGCCACUUACAACGUACUGGCAACAACGACAGAUGAGUUGCGGGCUUCUUACGCAGCCUUGAAUAAGGAAAAAGAAGACCUUGAAAACAGUUGCAAAAGUGCAAAAGUGGAGAGAGACCUGUUGAAGGUGACAAAUCACAACCUGACGACUGAGAACGACGCUCUGCAGGCGGAGAUUCAGAGACUGUCGUCAAUGGUCCCAGCUAGGAAGUGCCCCACUGGCUGGGUGAUGUUUCAGACCAGUUGCUACUUCACCGCUGUUGGCAAGAGUACCUGGAAUGAGAGCAGAAAGUACUGUCAAAGCAAAAGCGCAGACCUGGCAGUCGUAACGACCGCAGAGGAAAUGGCCUUCAUCAAUGGCUUGUAUUCAACUGACAAAGAAGUCUGGAUUGGAUUGACUGAUGGAGGAAUAGAAGGGCAUUGGAAAUGGGUUGAUGAGACAGCACUGACCACAACGUUCUGGGCUAACGGCCAGCCCAACAGCUUUGACGGGAGGAACCAGGACUGUGUGGAGUUCUGGCACCGUGCGGCGGGGAGGGGCGAAUGGAAUGAUGAGCACUGUGGCAUAGAACAACAUUUUAUCUGUGAGAAGUAGUUUUCAUGUACAAAGAGGUCUCGAGGUUUGGCUAGCCACUGGUACUGAUGAUCAUUAUGUAAUAUCAGUACAAAAAUAUGUAUAUUAGGGACUGUUGUCUGAAUUGGAAAUAAUAGAAAUAUCAGACAUGGUUUGAUUAAAAAUCCAUAUUAUGUGACCAAUUUACACACAA